UGAGACAUUUGGCGCUAUGGCAAAGACUGAGAAAAUUGCUUUUAUCCUUGAACAAGUUCGCUUGUGCUUGGAUCGUCAAGAUUUUGUUCGUGCACAAAUCUUAUCUAGGAAGAUCAAUCCUAGAGUUUUUGACGCAGAUACAAAAAAGGAUAAGAAGAAACCUAAGGAAGGUGAGAACAUGGUAGAGGAGGCUCCUGCUGAUAUACCCACUUUGUUGGAGCUUAAGCGAAUUUACUAUGAGCUAAUGAUUCGGUAAGGCUUUCUAUCAAAUUGU